AAUACACACACAUGUUGUCAGUUGUUUAUAAAUUAAUUGACAUUAGAAAUGAGCGGGAAAUUUUUACAGGUGUGUAGUCAAUAAAAACAACAACAUUAAAUAAACAACAACAAUAAAAAACAACUGUUUAUUUAUUCAAGUAAGUAAUAUAUUAUUUGGAACAAUGAGUAAUCUUCUCAAGACAGUGCAAAGCACAUUUUCCAUGUAUGGUUUCAUAAUAAGAAGAGACUUGAGUAAUUAUGUUGUUGGACAAUUACAAUGUGUUGAUGAAGAUGAACGAGAUACAUGGUUAACAAAAAUAACAGAUCAAUUAACAAGUCUAAAUCUUACUGAUCCCCACAUCACCAAGGAACACAUUGAUCAAGCAAUAAGAGAAUGCAUAAGACCAGAUACAAAUUUAAAUGAAAAUGAAAAAAUAUUUAAUGUCAUUUCAAUAAUUGACAUACCAAAAAUAACAUAUGAUAUUGUUAGAAAAAAAUUUCAACUUGAAAAAAUAAAACCAGAUUAUUAUUCAGAUGCUGAUUGUAAAACAAAUUUAUAUAAAAAUAGAUUAAAUCUUUUGAAAUACAGGACACUUAGACAUGAAGCAUUUGAGCCAAAAAAAUUUGGUGAAACAGAUGUUGAUAAAUUUAAUCUUGUUCCUGUUGAAUAUUUAUUAACAAAUACUAAAAAUGGUGAAGUUUAUGUUAUGGGUUUAUUAUCACAACUUGUUGAGGGAAAAUAUUUUUUAGAAGAUCAAGGUGGUGCUGUACAAUUGGAUCUUAAAAAAGCAAUUUUUGAAGCAGGUGUUAUAACUGAAGGUACUAUUGUCAUUGUAAAUGGAUUAUAUGAAGAUGGAAUAUUGGAAGUUAAAAAAAUUGGUUUACCACCAGCAGAACCAUCAGAAGUAUCAAGAGCACCAUUUGGUACUGAAAAUACAUUUGGUGGAACAAGUAAAAUAUCAUUAAAGCUAUCAGAAAAAUUAAAAAAUCAUGAAGAAAGUCGUAUAUCAGAAAUGAUGGUAAUUUUAUCAGAUGUUUGGCUUGAUGAUCCAGUUAUUCUUAGUAAAUUAAGAAUAAUAUUUGAUGGUUAUUCUGAUGAUGCACCAAUAGCAUUUAUAUUGUGUGGUAAUUUUUUGUCAUUUGCACCAAAUGUAACAAGUGCUGAUAAACUUAAAGAAGGUUUUAAUAAAUUAGCUGAUAUAAUACAAGAUUAUCCUGAUAUUAAAAAAUAUUCAAAAUUUGUAUUUGUACCUGGACCACAGGAUAUAUUUGCUCCAAAAAUUUUACCAAAAGCUCCAUUACCAGAAUAUCUGCUGGAUACAUUUAUAAAAUCUAUACCAGGUACAUUUCUUGCUUAUAAUCCAUGCAGGAUUCAAUAUUGUACAAAAGAAAUUGUUGUUUUUCGUGAAGAUAUGAUUGCCAAGUUAUCAAGAAACACACUUAAAUUUCCUGAGAAAGGACAACUCUAUGAACAUUAUGCAAGAACAAUGGUUUGUCAAUCACAUCUAGCUCCAAUGACACUUCCAGUUGUACCAGUCUACUGGAAACAUGAUCAUGCACUUCAAUUAUUUCCAACACCAGAUCUAAUUGUUGUUGCUGAUAGUUCACAAUCUUAUACAACAAGUUAUGCUGAUUGUAAAGUCAUCAAUCCAGGCUCAUUUCCUAAAAAUAAAUUUUCAUUUAAAGUCUACAAACCAGGUAUGGAUGAAAUUGAAGACUGUGAACUUCCUGAUGAUAAUGAUGACUGAAUUAAAAUUAAUAAUAAAAGGAUGAUAAAAAAAUUAAUAUACUAUUUUGUAAA